UUCACUUCACUUCAUUCAACUCUCUGCAACCUCAAAAUGGAGGGAAAUCAUUCCCCAAAACCCUAAAAAACCAAACACACUAUCAUACAUAUAUGCACAGUUGCUCAUUCAUUGCAAAUCAUAUGCGUCCCGAUUAACAUAUCCUUCAUUUUAGAAAAAGUUAUUCUUUUGGCUGUGGAGGUUGGUCGGAACCGUCUAUGGCGAGGCUUGUUCGGAACGCCUCCUUUCUGAAACGCUCUAUUCUUCUACCUGAGGGCUUAAGAAGAGGUAUAUUGGGGACGUCUUCUCAGUUUUGCGACUUCUCUACUAGAGGUGGAAGGAAGUCCAAGACAGGUGGCAUUGAUCCUAGUUUAGAGAAUAUGUCUAAGAAAGAAUUGGCCCUACAACAAGCCCUAGAUCAGAUCACGUCCUCAUUUGGAAAGGAAUCUAUAAUGUGGCUUGGUUCCUCUGGGCCUUUGCAGCACUUACCAGUGAUAUCCACAGGUUGUUUUGCUCUGGAUUUAGCGCUGGGAACUGGUGGACUUCCAAAGGGUCGGGUUGUGGAGAUAUAUGGUCCAGAGGCUUCUGGGAAAACUACUCUUGCUCUACAUGUAAUUGCUGAAGCACAUAAGCAAGGAGGUUACUGCGUGUUCGUUGAUGCUGAGCAUGCUCUCGACCCAGCACUGGCGCAGGCUAUUGGAGUAAAAGCUGACAAGUUACUUAUCUCUCAACCAGAUUGUGGUGAAGAAGCUUUGAGUCUUGUGGACACCCUUAUUCGAAGUGGUUCAGUUGAUGUUGUUGUUGUUGACAGUGUAGCAGCCCUCGUGCCUAAAGGCGAACUUGAUGGCGAGAUGGGUGAUGCUCACAUGGCAAUGCAGGCUAGAUUGAUGAGCCAGGCACUUCGCAAGUUGAGCCACUCUUUGUCACUAUCACAGACUAUAUUGAUAUUUAUAAACCAGACAAGGUCGAAGCUUUCAACUUUUGGAGGAUUUGGUGGGCCCACUGAAGUUACCUGUGGUGGUAAUGCCUUGAAAUUCUAUGCUUCAGUGCGCAUUAAUAUUCGGAGAACAGGGCUUGUCAAGAAGGGUGAAGAGGCUUUGGGAAGCCAAGUUCUUGCAAAGAUUGUGAAGAACAAGCUUGCCCCUCCGUUUAAAACUGCCCAAUUUGAGAUCGAGUUUGGCAAGGGUAUAUCUCGGGAAGCAGAGAUCAUAGAUUUUGGAGUAAAACACAAAUUUAUCUCAAAGGCUGGUGGAUUUUACAAUCUUAAUGGUCAGAAUUUUCAUGGGAAGGAUGCAUUUAAGAAGUUUUUGGCUGAGAAUGGAAGUGUAAGAGAAGAACUUACAGUAAAGCUCAGGGAGAAGCUUCUUUAUGCCGAGACAGAAAAGGAACCGGCAAUAGAGGUUACGGAUGGAGAUCUUUCAGAAGAUAUUGUUUCACCUGAUUCUACCGAUGAGGAAGCAGUUGAAGCGUAAGUGUACAUUGGACUUGAAGCACAGUUGCAGGUUUUUGCUUCCUCUUACCCUCAAGUAGGGUUCAUCGUUCCCUGUGAACUGCCGUUGUCUUCUCCUGAGCAAUUGGCAGCACGUUCAUUUUAUUGGGCACAGCUUGGCUUCAGUAUUGGAAUUUGGUUCAGAAUCACUUGCUACUGUUCCUUAUAAUGAAGUGUUAAAGGUUUCCUAAUGAUGGUCUUGUAAAUUAAUUUAUUUUCUUAAGCCAAUGUGUCAUGCCACCAUUAUCGAAUGAGAGUUUUGUUGUUUCAGAAGUAUCAACUCGGAAGGAGGGCCACUGGCCAUUAGAUAUAUUUUUAGCUACAUUUUGUAACGAGGUUUGUGUUAAAUACAUUUUAGCGGUGGUGGUUGGCACUUGGAAGUGGAAAUUGAAAAGGUCAUAAUACCA